AUGGAUGAGCAUCUCAACAACUUACCUAUGGGCGUAAUUUUGAAGGCUCUCAACAUCUUUACCGCCAAGUUUCCCGAGUUGAGAAUUCUCCAAGCGUCAUCCUUUAUCAAGGAGUAUCAGACAGUCCGGACGAAAGAGGGUAAAGCACUUCUCGCUACGACUCUUGCCAUCACGAGAAAGCAAUGUUCCAUAGUCACAGGAGAUUGGCUAAGAGGGCUUAGGAGCAGUGAAUCAUACGCUACGUAUGCUUGGAGCACAUUGUCCGAUGCUAUCCUCCAGUCACCAAAGGUACAAGUUGUGCAGGCUCUGUUGAUCCUGACAUUGUACGAAUGGGGUGUGCGCGAAUAUCACAAAGCUUGGAUGCACUGCGGCAUGGCAAUUCGCAUCAUGCAAUCUCUUCACAGUUCACGGAUCACUCCCCAUCCGCUCGACGUAUCCCAAAACAGCGACACAGACGCCAUGGCCAUAGCCGUAGAGUCACGAACAUAUUGGGCCUGCUUCAUCAUGGACUGCACCAUUAACUCAGGAACUUACAACCCACGAAUGCUUCCCAUGUCGGAGAUGCAAAAACUCAAAGUGCCUCGACCACUCAACUACACCGACUUCGCCUUUGGUUUCGACGCUACUUCACUCAACUACAGCGCAGGCGACUUGUCCGGUCUUGCACAGGGAUUCGAGUCAAUAGCGCUCGGAUUUGACAUCUAUGCUCAAGCCAUGUCUACCAUUAUGCUUCAUCGGGAAUACUUCCCCUUCUUGCCCAUCGGCGACAUGACACCUCGUGGCCCCGUGGACCCUCCACUCCUCGAAGCCGAAGCGCCACCUGGCUGGUGGGACCAGAGUGCCAGAGAGCUAUUCAGUGCAUCAGAACAGAUCGCCUGCUUGCUACAGGAAGCAUCAGAGUGCGGUAUCCCGCUAAUGACGCCUUUCUCUGGCUUUUGUGCUUUCACGGCAUGUUUUCUCAACCUCUACGUGUUCCGAUAUCCCAGGAUGAAUCUGGGCCGGAGUACAAAGGCCGAGCAGCUGAUGAAUUGGGGACUCGAGUAUCUCGAAGAAUUCCAAAACGCGUGGGAAUUAGCAGGUGGUUGGAUUAAAACCAUUCAAAACUCAUCCCUUCUGUAUAAAAGAGCUACAGAAGACGAAGGGCGAUAUAGAGGUCGAUCAAGAGCGGAUUUCGAAGCUUUGCACCAGUCAAUCCACGAAUAUCGUAUUGUGGAUAGAUCGGAUCAGCACCUACAGCAGAUCAGUCACGCAGAUCGAAACUUGUCAAGGAGAGACGAUGGUAACGAUGUGUCCGUACCAACACAGGGUCAAGCUAUCAGCGCAGCUGUCAGUGCUUCAGUGUCUGUACCUGAUCCAUUUCCAAACUGGUGGUCGAUGCUGCAGGAAGUUGAGUUUACGGAUGUUGGGAACCUUUGGAAUGGACUGCGUGAGAUGUAG